AUGACUGCGCCACCGACCAAGUACACUCACCACACCAAACUACUCACACUCACACACCCACCAAAACACCCCUAUCCCAGACUCGUCAGAAUAACAGUCACAGACACUGACGCCACAGACUCCUCAAGCGACGAAGAACAGACCUUACACUCUUCAACGCGCCACCGACUUCGACACAGGAAAUUUAUCAACGAGAUUUCCAUCGAGUCCUGCGCCAGCGAGAACCACGGCGUCGUUUCGAGGAAGAGAGUUCGAAGCAGGAACGUAGUGGGCAAAGGCAGGGUAGCAAAGAGUCAGCGCGUGUCGAACGGCAAGAAAUUCCGCGGAGUCAGACAAAGGCCGUGGGGAAAAUGGGCGGCUGAGAUACGAGACCCGUCGCGACGUGUACGGUUGUGGUUGGGUACCUACGACACUGCCGAGGAAGCUGCCUUGGUGUACGAUAACGCAGCCAUUAAGCUGCGUGGACCAGACGCGCUCACCAAUUUCAAAACGCUACCUGCCACGUGGCACACCGAAGACCUGACGCCGGUGGCCAACGGUUACGCCUCCGUUGAGGAAACUCAGAACAAAAACUUAUUUUCUCCCACUUCCGUGCUCCACUCUUGUUCCUUGUCCGAGGAGGCUGAAUCCAUAACCGGCAAAGACGAUGAUUACUCCUGCGUGUCCGAGAGUUUUAUGGCCAAAGCUGAGUCACCGUUUCCGAUUCCGAGCGAAAUACAAUUUGACUUCCGAGGCUGUUCGCCGGCACCGGAUGUGUUCGGCGAGUUGGAUAGCGCGGCGGCGCUGGAGAGUGUAUUGUUCUCGGACGACGAUUGGCCUGGUGUGUUCCUCACUUCUUGUGAGGAUUUCGGUUUGAAAAGUUGGAAUACUGACAGAAAUCGCGACUUUUUCCAAGAUAUCGACGAUUUGUUUGUCUCCGAUCCCCGUCUUGCUCUCUGA